UUCGUCGUCGCCUGCCUUCCGUUGCGCACACACUCAGUCCGCGAGAUUCUCAGUUCGCGUGCGCCAAAGAUACAAAAGAAAGCAAAAGAUACAGAUAACAGAGAUCUGAAAGAUACAAACACACCUUCGAGAUAUCAAAUCCCAAGCUAAAAAGUGCUGAAAAUGCAGAUAGCUUUAUAAGUGCCAAGUGUUGACAAGUGCCCAGAUACAAUAUCUAAAAAAUACCCGAAAAAGGGUAUUUUUACAGUUCAAAUCCCUAUAGAGAACGAAUAGAAAACACAUACAAAAUGCUGGUGGGUUCGCAUCCGUAUUUGUGCAACGGCGUUGUGCCCGCUGCAACCGCAAAUACCGCUCCGAAUGCCAGUGCACAGACAGCAACAACGACCGCCAGCAAAAGUGCCGCCGGCUCGGCGACGGACUUUUCCAUCGCCGCCAUCAUGGCCCGCGAAGAUGCCUCCAGUCGGGAGUCCUCCAUCCGCAGUGCAAGUCCCAUUUCGGUGGAGGAUGAGGUUGACGUUGAUGUCGUUGACUGCAGUGAUGCCGAGGAGCCGCCGACCAAAGCCCGUCGUUUGAACCACCAUCAGCACCACCAUCACAGUCACCACAACAACAACAACCAUAAUAACAACAACAAUAAUGUGGCACACAAGAGUCGCAACAGCGUUGGUGGUGGCGCCGUGGCACAAACAGCUUCUGCGGAAUCCCAGCUAAACACAAGCUCCACGAGCAGCCAAGGACGCUGCUCCACACCGCCCCAAUCGCCGGGAACGGAGGACAGUGAGGAGCGUUUAACACCGGAACCGGUGCAGAAGGCACCCAAAAUCGUUGGCUCCUGCAAUUGCGACGACCUGAAGCCGGUGCAAUGCCACCUGGAGACCAAAGAGCUGUGGGAUCGCUUUCACGAUCUCGGCACCGAGAUGAUCAUCACCAAAACGGGCAGACGCAUGUUCCCCACUGUGCGAGUGAGUUUCUCGGGUCCGCUGAGGCAAAUCCAGCCCGCCGAUCGCUAUGCCGUCCUAAUGGACAUCAUCCCCAUGGACUCGAAGCGGUAUCGGUAUGCCUACCAUCGGUCCGCCUGGCUGGUGGCCGGCAAGGCCGACCCCGCCCCCCCAGCCCGCCUCUACGCCCAUCCCGACAGUCCCUUCAGCUGCGAGGCGCUGCGCAAACAAGUCAUCUCCUUCGAGAAGGUGAAGCUGACUAAUAACGAAAUGGAUAAGAACGGACAGAUCGUCUUAAACUCGAUGCACCGCUAUCAGCCCCGCAUUCACUUGGUUCGUUUGAGCCACGGCCAGAGCAUUCCGUCGAAUCCCAAGGAACUGCAGGACUUGGAUCACAAGACCUACGUGUUCCCGGAGACCGUGUUCACGGCGGUGACUGCCUAUCAGAAUCAGCUGAUUACCAAGCUGAAGAUCGACUCUAAUCCGUUCGCCAAGGGCUUUCGCGACUCCUCCCGCCUCACCGACUUCGAUCGCGAUCCAAUGGAGGCCCUGCUCCUGGAGCAGCAGCUCCGGUCGCCACUGCGUCUCUUUCCCGAUCCGCUGAUGCAACAGUUUGCCGCCCAGGGAGAUCCCUCCUCGAUGGCCCUCUUCGAGAAGGCCCGCCAGCAUCUGCAGAUGUUCGGAGGCAACUCACCGUACGCGCAACUGAUGAUGCCACAAAUGUAUCAGGCGGCAGCGGCGGCAGCAGGUCCACCACCACCCCCACCUGGAUUGGGCGCCUUCCACAUGUUCCAGCAGCAAUGGCCGCAACUUACCGCCGGCUUUCUGGCGAGUGCCAAUCAGCAGGCCGCUGCCGCCCAAGCCGCCGCUCAAGCUCAAGCGCAGGCGCAGGCAGCAGCAGCGGCAGCAGCGAUGGCCGCCAACAGGACGCCCCCGCCGCCGCCCACCGCCUCCACCCCCUCGUCGACGUCAUCGGGAUCCCCCUCCCCGGAUAUGCGACCCCGGCAGCAGUACCAGCGCUUCAGUCCCUACCAACUGCCCAUCAACGGCGGGGGUCAAGGUCAGGGGCCACCGUCCUCGGCUGCCGGCUCUCCGCCCUCGGGAAACCGCAGCAGCCCCGCCCACUAAGCUAAAACGCCACCAAGUUCUUGCCACGAGCAGUAUUAAAACUAUAAACAUUGGGUUUAAAAGUCGUCUAAAAA